GGGCGCGCAGACAAACGCGAGGAGGAGGACGGAGAAAGAGAGAGGGAGAGAGAGAGGGAGAGAGAGGAGACAUUCUGGUUAAAGGCUACGACAAAAACCAUGAUGAUAAUGAAGUCAAGGCGGUGGAGGAUGUUGGAUUUACGAGAAAGGACUGUUGAAAUUUGACAGAGGGCUCGCGUCAAACAGAGUGUUUUAUUUUGGAUUUUUUUCCUCCUCAUUCCACCGCCUUUGGUUUCCACACGCUGCGUGGACAUUAGAAAGGAAAGGCGAGCAGAGGAAGAGGAGCACCCCCACGGAUGCCUCGGAAGGUAAAAUCGGGCUCUACUGCUGGCGCUACAGGCACCAUCUCAUCCCCCGGAUGGUGAUAAAAGACAUCCUGAAGAAAGGCUCUGGACUGAUGGAUGAGGAGGAACAACAGCUUUAGCCCUUCCACCUCACGAUUGGGAAGGAAAUAAAUCCUUUUCUGGUGGAUUUUUAGUUAAUCAUUCAUGGUGUAGCCCCAAGGAAAAACCAGCAAUGUUAAAUCACUGGUGUUGGUAAAUUAUUCAUCAGAGGAAGGAGUAGGCUAUGAUUUUAUAUUGCUUUAAUGUAGCAAUCCCUACAUUUAAUUUUUGGAAUGUGUUGUCUUUUGGGGUCAUAUACAUAUUUUCAGGUUCCAUGAUUUUUUAGGCCCAUUCCAGAGAGAGUCAAAGCGGGGGAAAUCUUAGCGCAAAGAGAGCUCUGGAUAUUUAUGUGUCCUUCUGUGUGGGGGGGGGUUUACAUUUUCAUAUAAUUUUUCUUGUAAGAGUAAAAAAAGACAGGCCAGGCGUGUAAAAGAAGAAGAAUAAAACAGCAAAUAUGUUGCCUUCCCAAGAAGCCUCCAAGAUCUACCACGACAACUACAUGCGCAACUCCCGGGCCAUCGGGGUUCUGUGGGCCAUCUUCACCAUCUGCUUCGCCAUCGUCAACGUGGUGGUGUUCAUCCAGCCCUACUGGAUCGGCGACAGCGUCAAGACGCCGCACAUCGGCCACUUCGGCCUGUUUCACUACUGCGUGGGCAGCGUGCAGGCGUCCAGCCGGGACCUCACCUGCGUGGGCAGCUUCUCCGACUUCGGCUCCAUCCCGUCGGGAGCCUUCAAGGCCGCCUCGGUGUUCGUGCUGCUGUCCAUGGUUCUGACUCUCAGUUGCAUCGCCUGCAUGGCGCUCUUCUUCUUCUGCAACACCUCCACCGUUUACAAGACCUGUGCCUGGAUGCAGCUGCUGUGCGGAGUGUGCCUGGUGCUGGGUUGCAUGAUCUUCCCAGACGGAUGGGAUGCAGAAGUGAUCCGGGAUAUGUGUGGGGAGCAUUCAGGGAAAUACUCCCUGGGUGAUUGCUCAGUUCGCUGGGCCUACAUGCUGGCCAUCAUGGGCAUCCUCGACGCCCUCAUCCUCUCAUUCCUGGCCUUUGUCCUGGGAAACCGACAGACAGAUUUCUAUCUUGAUGAUCUGCAAACAGACAACAAAGAUUUUGCUGUUUCGAGGAUUGAGGUACGAGACAGAAGAGAGCCGCGGUAUGGAGUGCAACGUCUUCACUGAGGGCAACAAUGGCACUGAACAACUUCUGUUUAUCUCUUUCUCUUCUCUUUCUCUUUGCCCUCUAUUCUUCUCUGUUCCUAUCUAAUGAUCAGGAUAUGACCCAAUCUCAAUGCAGACACCAAGUGUACAGGAUUGUGUAAGAUAAAAAAACAACUACAACAAACACACGGGGAUAAACUAUAUUUUGAAAAGAAAAAAAUACAAGGUUGUACAGUGCAUUUAACACUCAACUUUCUCAACAAAUACCUUUAUGAUGAAAAACAUUUACUGUAUUUAAAGUCUUGGUUUUUGUGUGAGAACUCCAAUCCUUAAGAUGAAGAACCAUGAUGUCCAAUUUACAGUUCUUUCUUUAAAGUGUUGCUAUUUAUUGAUUUUAAGUUUGAGUGAUGUGUACAUUCAUAGCAUCAAACAACGGAUUAGCCGAACUCCCCACACAGUUAUAGACUCAAGACUGGCGAUAUAGCGGAAUGUCCAUUAUUACACUUUUAAAAAACAUUACCGGGACUUGUAUGGUUCUUCAUCUAAGGACUUUUAAAUGUGAGUAAUUUAAAGGAGUACCCUAUUGCAGCUUUACAGAAUUUAACAUCUCUGGGAGAUUCUCUACUGUACAUACUAAACAAUGUAAAUAACAUAACUGCUGACGCAAACACCCGACAACAAAACCUCAUCUGACUCUGAUGCAUUUGAGUAUAGUAUUUCUACCCUUGGUUUUAGUGUUCUUUGUGCUGGAAGAGCAUCCUGAGUAUGUGCAGAUUUGUUGCGUUCCAGUGAUUCCUCACUACUGAUUUAGUGGGAUCACACAGAUGGGAAUAACACAGAUCUCGCUGGAAGAUCCACAGAGAAGCAGAGCACCGUGACUCAGAAUAAUUGUGCUUUAUCAUAUUUUUUUUGCCAGGAAAAAAAGACACUUCUCCUGCGUCAACAUGACAACAAAAGAAGCUGUUGUAGAUUUUCACCCUACAGUAUGUUGUAGAUUUUAAUGUGAAAUUUAGCUGCAGCUGUCAUGUAGAAAAUAAUUUGUUUUUUGUAUUUCACUUAUUUGUGCCAUCUUACUCUCCAGUGUGCAGUUUACUCCAGUUUAUGGUUCCAGCAUUCAGUGAUCAGUUUACGCUACAGAUGUCUUAAGGCUGUGUGAAUAUGACUGCUAGAAUUGGCCCCAAGUGCUGCAUUGUCUUAAGGUGAUGUCAUCUAUAUGCCUCUUUAAAACAGUUUGUAGUAGCCACAGAUAUAACAGGUGGGACAACCAUCUGUAAUAAACACAAGAAUAAUAUUUGAUUAACCCACAGUGCAUAAAUAAAAUAAAUAAAUAAAAAUAAAAGGGUAGAGACUACAGAAGCAUUUUAAUAAUUGUUCAGUGUAGUUCUUUAAAAAUAUGGAAAACAAAAUGGGAAUGAGUGAAUGUGCUAAACUUGAUUAUAAAUUUCAAAUGCAGGUCCUGAAAUGAUAGUUUGGAUUUUUAAAAUUUAGGUGUUUCGAAGUUAUUGAUUAUAUACUUAGAACAGAAAGUAAGAACAUUUGUUUGAUUGAUUAUUUAUUUAUUUAUUGUAACAAUGCUUCACGGUAAUAAAUCCCUUUAAUUUAAUUUUCCCUUAUAUGGUGCCAUAUUUGUAAAGACAAUCCAUUCAGGGUUGAGCAUUAGACUUGAAUUUUUGGGUUGCCGCCAUGAAAAGCUUGUCAAAUCCUCUAUGUUAAGGCCGAACAGUGUAUUUUACUGCUGGCUCCAAUUUGGUGUCCUUUAUUUCUUUGAAAGAUUCAAGUUUGAGGAAACAAGACAUAUUGGUAAUUUACCAAUUAAUUUAUCAAUCAGGGACCUCGACAGCCCUUAAAGAACUGUACACAGUAACAACAGCCUGGUAAGCCCUUGUCAAGAGGGGCACCAGCUUGGUUAAACACUGCUGUAGGACGACAUCUCAUUCCUCAAUUAGGAUUUGUCACAAGUCAGCCAGUGGGAUGCCUCGACACGCCAUAACACUGCCUCCACCACUGGCUGGGUGGAUUAUGAAAGGUUUUAAUAUGUGUGACCAUCAUAGUCAACUCUGCUGCUUGAACCAUAAAGUAAAUUCCUUACACCAAUGGCACUAAGGGGAAACACAAAGGCUUUUUAGCAAUAUAGGAUUUUAUGCUAAGAAGCAUUGUUAUAAAUAAAAAAAACAUUGGCCAACAAGUUUCCUUCCCUUUGGUACCAAGUUUAGUUCUGUUACCUUUUCUAGACAAAUGUUAUAUCACAGUAAGAUUGUAGAAGAAUAAAAAACUCAGCUUAGCCAUUUGAGGUUUGCAGCUAGCCAGACAGAUUAGCUCACCGGUGUCAAACUCCAGGCCUCAAGGGCCGGUGUCCUGCUACUUUUACAUGUGCCUCUGCUUCACCACACCUGAGUCAAAUAAUUAGGUCAUUAGCUGGACUCUGUAAAACUAGACUGUAUACUGAGGAGGUAAUUCAGCCAUUUGGAUUCAGGCGUGUUAGACUAGGGACAUAUCUAAAAGUUCCAGGACUCUGUCCCUCGAGGAUUGGAGUUUGGCACCCAGGAUUACCUUGAGCUAAUUGUAGCAAUUUAAAACAACUCAAGUUAAAAUUGUUUAAUCUGUGGAAAACAAAGCCGUUGAGUGGACAGUAAACAAUAAGCUUUUACAAGUGACCGCUACUGUUUUUCCAGCCGAGCAAUGUCCAUGUUACUACGCUAAAGUUACUUAGGUUGAGGCUGUUAAAUGACACAAUCUGACUGGUCAAUAGAGAAGGGUAAACUUUUACACUUUGCAACAUGUCAUUACUGCAUUCCUUUCAGGUCUCACAGUGCUUUGGAAAUGAUCCUAAGUGGAUUGAUACAGCCAAUGGCCUCUGCCAAAGAAACUUUAGCAUAGUUACACUUCACAAAGUGUGUACAGUUAAUAUCUGCUAAUACACCACUGUAUCCCAUAAAUUUAAAUAUUUUUUGUUUUAGUUUUUUUUUUUUUUGUAAUUAUAGAAUUAGCUAAAGUGAGUGCAACCAUCUGAAUAGCUAUUAGCCUUCCAUUGUAUAUUCUACAAAACCACUGUGAUAUGACAUCUGUCUAACAAAGGUAACUGAAAUACCUUUACAGAACCUCAGUAAUCCAAACUGUUGCAUUAAAGUUUCAGCUUCUUGAAAACAAAAAAUACUGUUUUUAUAGCAACAUUUACUCAAACACUUAUAAAUGAACAUAUUUUAAUUAUUUUGCUCAUGUUUUCUUCCCGUCAUCUUUAUUUAUGAACACUACUGAGAUAUAAUGUGGUAAUUACUAAAUAAAAAUUUCACAUCCUCUUUUAUUCAACAUUUUGCCUUAGGCACAAUGAUUUUACAUACCAUACCUUUUUUACUUAGUUAUGACAAUAUAAAUUCAGAAAACUUAGUUUGAAAUAGCCCAUUUUAAGCUGACCAGGGCAUGUUUUGUGAGAACACAACAGAUUAAAAGCUACCUAUUCUCAAUGGAACUUGUUCACAAAGUAACAUUUUAUCAAAGGUAAUGUGCGGAACUUCAAACGGUAGAGGCUAUAAUUCUAAAACUGAGCAGAAAGGGACAUAUCAAAGUAAACUGCUUUGGCUUUCUUACGAAAGACAGUUAGCUACCCACAUGACUUUAGAAACAAAAUAGGAAAUAUUCAAGAAUAGUGAAUGUAAAAUAGCAUCUUAGAGUUUGGAAAAGUGACAGGAGAUUUAUGUAUUGGAUUGUUACAAUGAGGUUACCUUAAGAAAAAUUUGCCAAUUUUUAUUUAUUUAUUUAUUUAUUGCUUCUGUAUUGUACUGUGAACUUAAAGCUUUUACAAAAUCUUUUAGGUGUGCAAGAAAACAUGAUGCCAGUGUCAUGACAAGGGGAGUUGCUUUGUAUAUGGGGUUUGGCUGAUCAAGGGAAAAAACAGAGUGUGAGUAGCAUCUGUUUACUUUUCGGUCAGAAGUAGUCAUGAGCCAGUAUAAGAUUCUUAUAAUAUAUUAAUUAACCUUGAGAAAUAAAUGUCAUGGUAUCAUAGAAAUUAAACAAACAUGAAAAACUAAAUUGCUUUCUUUUAAAACAGAAUGGCAACUAUUUUUUCUAUGGCUCUUACAAAAAUACAUUGAUUAAUACAGUUAUAAUAAUUAUCUAUAAUAAUAAUAAUUGUUAUAUUGAGUAUGACGCAUAUACGUAGGUUAAAAUUUGGAAUAAGUGUGAAUUGAGCAGGAUGUUGUUUAUUUUUGCCUUUUUGCUCUUUAUAGAAUGAUACAAAUGCAAAAAGCAGAUAUUAGUUGGUUAAUUAGUCAGGCUAUCAGAUCAGGUAGCAAGCCUGCAAUCCGCUGCUUCACAUAUAUGCCACUCAUAGCUGGCAAACUAAAGUUUCAAAAAAGCAACAGCGUAAUAAGAGUGAUGGCUUGAACUCUUUCAGUUUCCAGCUGUACAUCUUGGAAACAUUUCUAAACAGCCAGACUUGUCUUUUCUGUAACAAAGUGGAGGUGUUGCAGCCUUCUUUUUCUCAGCUGACUGGCAGUGUGCAGCAGCAGGUGGGGAAGGGGGAAUGCUGUACUAUGCUAUACUCCAUAUAUCCAGAGAAAACAUCUGUCACUCUGGCAGUUUCUCAGCCUUAAACUGUAAAAACAGUAAAAUUACACAUUUUAGUGGUUUUUGAAACUGGCCCAAAGCCAGUCACACGUUGGUUCUCUUGCUGGUUUAACAGUUAAUGAAGUUCAAAUACUGGACCUCAUGGACAUCUAGAAUGUGUUUAACCUAGAGAAUAUACGUAAAUAGCAGUUUUUAUUUUCAUGUUUUAAGAAUAAAAAUGUGGAUGGGACUACUGAUUCUUUAGUGAGGACCUUGAGUUUAUUGGGCGGAAAUUAGCUAAAUAAAUUCCCCAAAGACAUGCAGACCACACACUGUCCUCUGGGAUAACUGCUAGAGAUUUCCUGCAUUAACCAUGUAGCUGUGACAUUAAACUGGUUGUUUUCCUUGCUGAUAAAAUUUAAACGUAUACAUGCUUUCACAUCUAUGUCUAAAGACAAAUAUAUCAAGCCUUGGUGGUUACUGGUUUAUUAGUUUACACAAGAACCAAGGAAGUACUGUAGUUUAACAGUUUUCAUCAAAUGAAUUUGUGGUAAUCUGAACAAAAAGCUAUCACCUGUUUAUAUUUGUUAAAUACCAGCAAGAGCAUUGUUUUCUUUUGUCUGAGCUAUUUGAUCAGUAACUGUACUUGGCCAAAUUUAUGGCUUUCUUAGGCUUUAACCACCAGCAGCACUGAUUGCUGUGGGUUUAGUGACAAGUGGGAUUCUACCAUGACAAACUGUGGUUGCACAAUAUGACAAAGCAGUCUGCUGUAAUCCAGGGCACCAUGGGGUUGUUUUUAUCCCUCUCAGAGCAGCCCUUCAGACUGACAUACUGUAACUGAAACUCCCAAAGCUUGGCUUAAGUCAUGACAGGAAUAAAAUUAGCUGUGUGCAUGGAUAAUUGUUUUAAAUGAGAAACUGACUUGCUGCGCCCAAGCAAAGGUAAUGUACAGUCAUACCAUAAAGCCGCCUAAGAAGACAAAUUAAUUUCUCAGCUAUCAAAUAUCAACCACAUGGUUUACACAUUGGGCCAAAUCACAAAAAAUACAGCUUGCAUAAAGUACCUGUUUACUGCGUUAUAACUCACUGUAACCCAUGUCAUGAGCUGCUAGGGAUGCACUCUGUAUGGGACAGUUGGUUUAUUUUUUUAGAGAGGUUUUGUGGGGUGUCCAUGAGUAGUCAAUGCCUUAAUGGCAGUAGAUAGUAGUUAGAACAAUCCAUGGCUGGAGAAUCUUUGCAGGCUUCUCCAUAAAGCUACACUGUUGACUGGCAUAGAGUUCCAAAAGUUCUGGUUUAUUACUUUAGAUGUCUCUUUACAGUAUUAAGAAAGCUCCACUUGCAACACUAAUUGUUUUGCCUAGAGUCAAAUGACAAAGUAAAUCACAUUGCACUGAUGAUAAAACUGUAAAAAAAAAAGAGCUACUACUGUUCAUCAUGCAUACAUAAGUGUAUUUAAAACUGUUUCAUUAACCAUUCCAAAAUUGUGGAGUUAGAUAAGUGAGCUAGCUAAGUAUUGGAUUUGCAGUUAGCUUGGCUAGCCAAAUAAAAUUCCUAAGAUUUUUUUCAAAGUUGGCUUGGUCCUGUGGGGUCGUAUGAAAGUGUUUAACUCGAAAAAUUUGGAGUGGUUUUAUGAUUACCUUCCCAACCUUCACACUCUUAAAAAUUCUUUCAAAUUUCUUUCAAUCUCAAUUUGGUUUUCCAAAUUCAGAUGGAUCUGAUCACUGUCUACUCCAGUUAAGACAUCUGAAAACUAAUCACUUAUUACUUUGAUAAAUUCUCUGUCGAAAAUUCAAAAACUUAAUCUUAAGGAAUCAAAUAACAGAUUUUUCUCCCACGAAGAAUUUCAAUCAACCUUUAAAAGUUGGCUUAUUUGUAAAUGAAAGAUAAGAUGCCUACCAACUGAACCAAUUAGAUAUUGUUUCACUUGGUUUAUUUAGAGUGGAUUUCAGUGCAUUCCUUUACUAUUUACAUAGAUUGAGCAGAUAGCUAGAUGUACAGUGUGUUGUUAGAAUGGUAGCUAGCUAAUUCUCAGGAAGCUGUGUACUAAGUACUGUAUUAAAGGCUCAUUAUGGAAAUUACAAACAAACAAGUCAAAUAUAAGAGUGAUAUGUUGACUUGGUGAGGUCAUCAUUUAAACGAUGCGUUGCUCCGCACUGUCUCUUUUGAUAAAGUGUAGAAUAUAAUAGCACUGAUCUUGUUUUCCUAUCUGGGCCUUUAAGACAAUAUGAUAACAGCCCUUAUGCUGAAUCUAAUGAUGCUGUCUAUGGAGGCUCUGCCAGACCCCUGGCCUAUGUCUAUCCACUGUCGUAGAGUAAAAGUGCUGGGCCCUCAUUCAAGAAAUGUUUCUUUCUGUUUCACCUUGAAGUAUCUGUGCAAACAUAAAAAAUAGACCAACACUGCACCAGAACUAUACUAUUUGGUAAAGAAAUAUAAACAUAUUUGCUUUUGAUGUCUGUGUGUUUAUUUGAGCAGAAUACGUAUACUGUUCCAUACCAAGGGCUGCAAUAGGCAGUCACUGAUGUUUCUCCCAUAUGGUAGCAUGCAUCUCUCAUUUGUUUAUUUUUUUUGUUUGUUUUUUUCACAGGCCCAGGACAUAUUUUAUAACAUAUAAAUGCCUAAUAUAUAAAGAAAACAUAGCUCUACGGCCUAAGUGGUCUUGUGAGGCUUCAGAGAAUCAGCACCUGUACGAUCAUUGUUCUACUCUUCUUUCCGGGUACUUUGUUCCUGAAAGACAAUGAACUUAUGAAAAAAAAGAACCUUAAAAAGGAACUGACAAUACCUUAACCCCGAUGAGCACAUAUUUGUACCACUCCAGGUGCCUCUAAGAACUCUUGAAUUAAUUCUGAUGUGGUGCAGAACCAGCAAAACAAGUAGUGGUUGUUUUUUUUUCUACCGAAGACUACUCACUCAGACUGAGCUCUGAAGCUAGAUGGGUUAUUUGUAGAUCUGAGGUCAAUUCAGUUUCAAAUGAUGAAAUUGAGACAAAGACUAAUUAGUUACCUUACUUUGUGGACACAUUUUGAUAUAUAAAACAUAAGAGUAAAAAAAUAGUGUUUUAUUUUUUAUUUUCAAUUGGAGUCCAAAGCUGAAUUCACCUCAGUCUAGCAACGAGGGUUCAUUUAAAUAUGUGAAAAAGACUGAAAGGGUGUAAAGAGUCAGUGAGAACUAAUUUUCCAUUUCUAGCUGCAAAUGAAAUCUUUGUGGAUUAUGUAAAUGUCAUGGACAUGUCAAUGAUUUGUCAUCUUUUUAUCAUGCAAUAUCAUAUAUAAAGAUGUAUUGUGUGGGGCGGGAAAGAUUGGGAACAAAAAAAAGAAUAAUGUUCAGUGACUUAUGUUAUUCUAGAUGACUUUCUGUUAACUCCUGAAAUGCAGAUGUUACCAACAUACCAUAAACUAUCAUGUGUUACCAUGAGAAAAAGAAAAAAAAGAAUCAGUUUUGAUUUUUGUACAACAGAAUGAUAUACAGAUAUUUGUCGUGUAUUUCUGAUGAGAUCUUUGUUUUUAUGUGUUUACUGCUGACUCUUCUGUUCUGUUACGGUUUUACUUCAAACUAUUUAGGUAUGAAAUAUGACGGUUGCGUGGUCUUAUUGGACCUAAAAUCCUCAAUUCAGUUUGGACUCACUAAUGGACCACUGCUUUUUGAGGUCUCAAUGCCCAAAAUGUUUGAAAAAUAAUAGGAAUGAGAAGUCUUUUUCUAAAGUAGCUUGAUUGUGAAUGAGCACACAGAGUCUCAAAUGGGCCUGUUGCUUGCUAUGGUUAAGGGUGACAUACUGAUUUUGAUUUGAAAAUUAUGUCUAAUUCCUAUUUGUGAAUAGUAUUCAACCUCACAGUGAUGAGAAAUUCUGUUAUUAUAACACAUUUUGAAAAAGUUAAAUAAAGAUAUUUUACAUUCAAAA